GAGGCAGAAAUCAGCCGCUGGUUAAACUCCUCUCACUUUCUGAGCAGCAGGAGAUCAGCCUCCUCCUCCUCCUCCUCCUCCUCCGCCUCCUCCUGCAUCCAUCCAUCCUCCGGUCCUCCUCUCCAUGCCGGCGGAGGUCCGCUCGGGGCUGCCAUGGCGAAAAUCCGGGUGUCGUACGAGUACUCCGAGGCCGAGGACAAGAGCAUCAGACUGGGCUUGUUCCUGAUCGCCUGCGGGAUCCUCAGCCUCUUCAUCCUGGGCUUCUGCUGGCUCAGCCCGACCCUGCAGAGCCUCCAGAGCAAACCGGCCAACUGCACGGUGGUGUCGGUGCUGCGUCCUGAGGAGAUGUUUGAAUGUGUCUUUACCUGCGGUGCUGACUGUAAGGGGACGUCUCUCUAUCCUUGUCUCCAGAUCUUCGUCAACAACUCAGAGUCCAACUCAGUAGCUCUGCUGCAUUUUGAUGAGCAGCAGCUGGUCCUCAACCCCAAGUGCUCGUACGUCCCCCCCUGUGAGAGGGACAACCAGAAGAACAAGGACAGCGUUCUGUGGUGGGAGGAUUAUUUCACCAGGGAGGUCAGCAGCCAGCCCUUCACUUGCUUCUUCAACCAGCAGAGGAGACCUGACGACGUGUUGUGGCGCCGUUCCCAUGACACCAGCGUCCUGCUUCACUGCGUCCUCUGGCCAAUGGUGUCGCUGCUUCUGGGCACGCUCAUUGUGCUGCUGACGGUGUGCGCCCGCUCGCUGGCCGUCCGGGCCGAGGCGCUCCAGAAGAGGAAGUGCUCCUACGAGGUUUGCCAGGACCUGUCCGCCUCGUCCUCCGAUCGCCGCGGCAACAAGGCCGGCGACCCCCUGGCGACGAACUCUGACCCCGAGCUGUCGUCGCCGUCAAGGACCCUGCCGCUGUUCGCGGUGCCGGUGCGACGCCGCGAUCGGGAACAUUAGGACAGAAAAACUGUUUCCACGACGACGCGAAGUCGGAGAAGACGUCGACGAAGCCGGUGGUCGACUGACGAACUGGAGGCGCCACUGACGAACCGCGGUGGAGAGGAGGGUUGAUGAGGCGAAACCCGGACGGAUGCCUGUAGAUUUCAGCAGAAACUGUAGAGAAACUUUCCUGAUUUUAUCGUAAACAGAUCAGAAACGAAGGAUCGUCCGGACCGAUCUGGUUCUUAGCAGAUUUACUAACUCCACAAAUCUCUUAUUGGACCUAUAUUCUUUAUCUUUAUUAGAGGGACUUUAAACCUGCAGCUUACGGUAGCAUCUAACGGUAGCAGGAGUUGCUAACAUUAGGCGGUCAUUAGGCGCGGCUAACAUAAGCAGCUGUUAGCCAGUGCUAACUUUAGGCGGUUGUUGGGCGUCACUAACGUGUUUACAACUUUCUGUUUUGUACAUUAAGCUAGCUUCUUGUUAGCUUGCUGUUAGCCUUGGAGGCGUCUAGAUGCUAACAGUCGCUUAGCAUCUGUGUUCUUUUACAGACUCAGUACGUAGUUUACGUUGGUGUGAGUCUAUGUUCUACGUGCGUCAGUAACUCCACCCAAACACUAGGUGGCGCUGUGUGUUUUUACCACUUUUUUUUUCUACUUUCUGACUGAAACUUUUGGCCAAACUAGAGUCGUACAAACGUCUGUGUGUCCAAACCUCAGUUGCCGAUUCUUGAUUGAUCCAAAAUAAUCGAUUAGAAAAUGGUGGCGAUGAGGAAUCAGCUGGAAACACGUUACUAUUAGACGUCGUAACCAAGAUCUCUUUGACUGAACGGAUCAAAGUUUUUACUGAGAUUCAGUCAGAGAUUCCAGAGCCAAUAAAACGCCGCCACAUCCCGACAGGACGACAGGAUGAUGGGACGAUGGGAUGAUGGGAUGAUGGGACGAUGCUCCUUCUUCACCAUAGCGCUUCACGUCGUGUCGUUUCCAGUAGCCACAGAUGUUUCUGAGCAGAGAUCAGCCAACAGACUAAACUAAAGAUUAAGAUUAAUAAAACCUUUAUUUGUAGCUCAAUGGGGAAAUUGCAGUUUACAAAAGAAGAGAGUAAAAAAAAGAAGAGAGUAUAGAAAAUAAUUAAUAAAAUAAAAUAAAAACACAGAACUCAACUCAAUCUUUAUUUAUAAAGCUCCUUUAGGACGAUCAGGUCUCUGUACGGAGGACGACUCAGGAGACAGACAGAGACAGACAGAGACAUAUAUACAGAGACAUAUAUACAGAGACAUAUAUAAAGAGACAGACAGAGACAUAUAGACAGAGACAUAUAUACAGAGACAUAUAUAAAGAGACAUAUAUACAGAGACAUAUAUAAAGAGACAUACAGAGACAUAUAUACAGAGACAUAUAGACAGAGACAUAUAGAGACAUAUAUACCGGGAGGAGGACGGUUCUCAUAACGUUGGUCUCACAGCAGAAUGGAAAGUUUUCAGAAAACAACAUUUGUCCCAAACACGUUGAUAUUUUUAUUGGUGAAAUGACGACGUAGGUAAUUAUCAGACUAACGAUGUCACACAGUGUUAAAGUGUUCAGCUUUAAAAACAGUGUAAUAAGUAUGAAGAGUGUUGAUUUAAAGUGUACGACCUGAUAAAUGUGGAGGAUCUUUAUAAAACACGUAACUGGAGGUGAAUUUAAAUAAUUGAACCCGACUUUUAUUAUUUAUUUAUUAGUCAUUAGUGGCUCCUGCUGCUCCUGGAGCCUCCUCCUCGUUAGCGCCGCUCUUUGAUCCGAGGAGGCGUCGGCAAAUGUUACGAGGAGGAAGAAGGAUGUUUUCAUCUGAAUGUGAACGGAUGAGAAAAGGAGGUGAAACAGGAAGGAAGCAAAGAGUUUCACUGAUGUUGAUGGUUUCCUGCCUCCGGUCUGAGUCCUGGUUCACUCAUUUCACCUUUUAACUCCUUCCUUCCUUCCUUCCUUCCUUCCUUCCCUUUUUCUUUCCUUCCUUCCUUCCUUCCUUCCCUUUUUCUUUCCUUCCUUCCUUCCUUCCUUCCUGACUCUUCCUUUUCUCAUCAGGUUGAUUUAGUUCAUGUUUCUGUGUUUGAUUUGAGUUUGAUGAUAUUUUUAGGACGAACUACAGUCGUUAUUAAUUCCUCUCUAGACGUCGUUUACAGAAACACAGAUUUCAGACUUUAUAGAAGUUUUUUUUGUUCAAACCUGCGACAGAUUGAAGAUGAACCGGUGUUUCCUGACGCUCUUUGAAACGUCGUCUGUAGCCGCUAAAGGAGGCGACGUCGUCCAGUUUCAUUUUAGACGCUAACGUCGUCUCUAGAUGAGACGUCGAGAUGUAGCUUCUCACAAACACUGUCAGUGCCUGAAUCAAACUCAGUCCACUGUCCUCCUCCUCCUCCUCCUCCUCCUCCUUCCUCCUCCUCC